GUACAAGCAGUGAAGAUCUAAAACAGAGCUACAGAAGAAACAGCAGCCUUCAGAUUUUUAUAUUACAGAUUGAGAUUUUAUUUCCAUCAGCUAGCUGUCCAUCAUGAAGCUGAAUCUUUUUCUUCUCCUGCUUUUCACUGGACUGGUCCCAGUUGCUAUCCUGCAAACCGUCCUUCACAAAUAUGACCUGAUAAUGACAAAGGUGACAUGGCCUGUUGCACAGAAUUACUGCAGGGUGAUAUACGACGAUCUGGCAACAGUCAUAAGUGAUACUGAUUGGCUAAGAUUGAAGAAUGAAACAGCAAACAAAAAUCUGGCAACAUAUGCCUGGGUCGGAUUAUACAGUGAUGUCAAUAGCUGGCGCUGGUCCUUAAACGACCUCCCACUGAAGAAUGUCAAUUAUACCAUCUGGUCCUCUGGACAGCCUAAUAAUCUCGGUGGAAAAGAAGCAUGUGGUAUCAUAGGUGGUGGUAAUGCAUGGUUUGAUACACAAUGUACAGGACUAAAACCCUUCAUCUGCUAUAAUGCUAAUUUCAGUGGUGCCGCCCGGUUUAUUGGCAUCACUACAUCUCUGUCCUGGCCUCAAGCUCAGGCUUACUGUAGAGAACAUCACACAGAUUUGGCCAGUGCUCUAAACAGUUCAGACCAAAACAUGUUAGGGCAGGUGAGGAACAUCCAGGGUGAUUCCUGGAUCGGGCUCUACAGAGACACAUGGAAGUGGUCAGACGGAACCAUCACUUCAAACCUACCAUGGGCUUCUGGAGAACCUGAUAAUCGUUAUAGCAAUGAGAACUGUGCAGUGGUUAAUAACGGAGUGUUCUAUGAUACACCCUGCAACUACGUGUACUGUUUUUUCUGUCAUUCCAUUUACCUGACGAAUCAGAUAGUGAGACUGCAGGUGAAGUCUGAUGGCAGUGUGUUUGAGCCUGCUGUUCAGUCGUCCAUUUUAGAGCAGCAUCAGUUUCCAACGGGUUUCCAGAAGUACAAGAACUUCUUUGGUGUUUGAAGAUGGCCCAGAGAGGAAAGUCUUACAAUUCCUAAUCUAGAAGCAUUAGAGAGAACAUACAUUAAUGAGGAGCAAAGGGAAACCCUGAAAUCCUUUUUUAAGGAAGGAAUGACACGUGUUGGCUCACCCAUAAUAAUAAGAGCAGCUUCAGCUACUGGAUUGGACACCAGUGUCAUAGAAAACUGGAUCGGUAAUUACAAAAGGUCAUUAAAUGCUUCAUCUGAGCCCCGACCAUCAAAGGCCAAAGCUCACAUCCGAGAGCUGUCCUUAAAAACAAUGGCACAAUGAAAGAUAUGGGGAGGUGGUCCACAUUAGGGAAAGAGGACAAAGACAAAUACUGUCAAGAAGCAGCAGCACUGAGGGCACAUGGCCAGGUACAGGACCUUAGCCCUGAGAUGAGGGAUCACCAAAUUAAAAUGCACCUGAAGAAGCUGAAGUUAGAGGUUUGAAAAUAAGUGUCAUUUGCUAGGAAUUAGUGGUAUUAUAGUAUUAGAUACAAGGGUGAUCAACAGCAAUUGUGAUGUGAGCAGAACAUGUGAUAGACAACUAGAUUAUUUAUCUGUAGAUUUUUUUUCAUCAUUUCAAAUUAAUUCAUCCCCAAAAAAUAUUCCAUCUGAUUUUUGUUUACAAGGCUAUCAGCAUCAAAUAUUCUCACAUUGAAGAGACUGUCAAAGGCACAUACAACCUUCUCAAACUAAAUUCCUACUGGUUGGGCUAGUCUGUUUAGAUCAAGGUGGUCAAUUGAAACAUUAGUAGUCAAAUAUGGCCAUGAGUCAAAUAUUAGUUGGAUAUUGGACUCUAUGUAAGCACAGCUAAUGUAUAGAUGGUUUCAGAGGCAACAACAUAAACAGAUUGCUUUUGUGGCCCAAACUUCCGGUAAUC